UGCGCCGCACGGGGGGAUGUCGAGAGCAAGCUGCCGUGGCUGGGCGGCCGCCGGGUGUCCCCCCGGGGCGCGGGACGGCGGGGAGGACGGCUGCUCGCUGCGGCCCGGGAACCUGCGGAAGGGCACAUCUCAAAUGUCAUUUGAAGAACUGUUGGAAUUGCAGAGCCAAGUGGGGACUAAGACAUACAAACAGUUGGUAACUGGAACCAGCACUAAGAAGCAGAAUUCUCAAGCACCUGUCCAAAAAGCAUGUGUUGCAGAUAAGCACAGGCCUAUGGAAAUGUCAGCCAAGGUCCGGGUGCCAUUUUUGCGUCAAGUUGUCCCCAUCAGUAAGAAGGUAGCCCGGGACCCCCGCUUUGACGAUCUGUCAGGGGAGUAUAAUCCUGAGGUGUUUGAUAAAACGUACCAAUUCCUGAAUGACAUCCGAGCCAGAGAGAAAGAGCUUGUGAAAAAGCAGCUGAAGAAGCGCCGUUCAGGGGAGGAGCAUGAGAGACUGCAGCAGCUGCUUCAGCGCAUGGAGCAGCAGGAAAUGGCACAGCAGGAACGGAAGCGGCAGCAGGAGCUGCGCCUGGCCCUGAAGCAGGAGCGGCGGGCUGAGGCCCGGCGGGGCCAUCGGCCAUACUUCCUGAAGAAAUCUGAGCAGCGUCAGUUGGUCCUAGCUGAGAAGUUCAAGGAGCUGAAACGCAGCAAGAAGCUAGAGAGCUUCUUGAGUCGAAAGAGGCGCCGAAAUGCAGGCAAGGACAGAAGACAUCUCCCUUUGAGCAAAGAGCAGUAAGGAACUGUCCUCAGCUCUGCCACUGCCACAGAGAGAAAUGCGUCUGUGGGGACAUAUUUGGGCUUGGCCUGUUCUGGUUCUUUCCCAUUUAAGGACAAGGGUCACAGCUGUCUUGGAACUAGACUGGCUCAGAGUUGACUGGAGGGCUCUUGGACUGCCCAAGGGCUGGACAAGAAGAGCAGCUCCGCCUUCUGCCAUGCCACACUUCCUCUGCUUGCAUCUGGGUCAUCAUGUCCUCGUGUCCUCUGUCCUCCGUCCUCCUCCUAUCCUUGCAGACCAGUGAGUGACCUUGAGAGCAGCUGAAGGCCGUAGAGUCUGUGAGUGGCUCCCAGGACUGGGACUUUAUGUAGAAGCCAGUUCAUAAACACUUCUGUCACUCAUGUUUUUAUUCUGCUUCUUUUGUGGGUGGCCUAGAACUACUGUUUCGGGGGCCAUAUGUGAGGUGGGCAAUAAACCCGAGGCUCUUACAAAGUGCGAAGUCAGAUCAGGGCCCUUCCUACUUAAACCC